AUGUCUCCGUCCGAGGAGGAUGAAUUAUUGAACACCGUGUUGUUUCUCAUCAAUGGAAACUACUUGUGCGCGUUGUACGAGUUAUACGUCGACGCUCGAAGGACGAAUGCGCUCGAAAAGUCAGUCGCGGCAGAGAACACGUUAAAAAGUUUCUUCGCCGACAAAACGCGAUUCCCUCCCGAGGUGUUCAAAGCGGUGAGCGAUGCCUUUGACAGUGGGGUUUCUGCAUCGAGAGUGAUCGAAGCCGAGUCCAGGGCGGCGGUGGCGGAGUACGAGCUGCGAUUGUUGAGGGAGGAUUUGGACGCGCAGAGGCGGGACGGGACCGACGGCGGCGGCGACGGAAGUGGCUCGAACGGUCAGGGGCGUUCGACGGUGAAGGCGAUGGAGGAUGACGAUGCUUUUAGUAAUCGACCGGAUACGGCGGUCGGGAUGGACCGGGCGUCGACGGGAUCGAGGGCUUCGGGGAGCGAUAUUGACGCGCGUUUGGACGCCGCGACGUACGAGUAUCUGUCCAGACGCGGGUACAAGGCGACGGCGCUGUCGAUGCGAGACGAAUCCAGGACGGCGGCAACGCUGAAUGAAAAAGAUUUCAUGUCGGACAAGGAGACGUGGGGCGAGUUCGGGGCGCUUCGGAGGAUGUAUGAGCGCGCGCGGAUGACGGAGCAGACGGCGAGCGCGUUGGAGCAAGCGAACUCUCACUCGGAGGACGUCGAGAACGAGCUCAUACGCGCGCGAGCGCGCCUGGAGGAGCUCGAGCAUACGAGUACUUCAGCGAUAGAAUCCGAGGCGACGAUGUCCGCGGCGCUAACGCGCGCUCAAGAUGAGCUCAGCGCGUUACGAGGCUCGUCGACGGUUUGGGAAAAGAGAGCCGUCCACGCUGAGAGCGAGGUCAGUAGGCUUCUGUCCGAACUUAGAACCGAGAAGGGGGAUUGGUCGAGCACGGAGAACGGCGCUCCAAGAACAACGAUAGAAGAAAACGAGACGCUGGACGCGUGCGUAUCGUUCAUCGGCAAGAUUGCGCCGAAAAUCGCCCCAGCGGCUCGCAUCGAGUUGUUGCCGAUGAUUUCGCGAGCGUGCGAGAGAGCCGCUGGAGACAAAGGUCGCGCAUCGCGCGCGGCUCGCUUAUUCUUCGAUCUUUACGCUAGUCCGAGUGAUUCGCAGCGAGACGCGAUCGCGAUCGCGAUCGCGGGCGUGGGUGAACGCGUGGGCAUGAAGGCGUUUGAAGCCAUCUUCACUCAAUCGUGCCUGGACGUUAAGGAGAUGGCAACGCUGAGCGGCGAGGCCCGCGUGCUCGCGUUGGAUGUCGUCGUAAAAAUCGGCACCUCGUCGUGGUUCACUUCUACAUCGUUGGUGACGGAUUGGUUCAGGUUCGCGGCCGUGGAUCCGAACGAUGAGAUGCGAACGGCGUGCGCGCGCGCCGCCGAACGCUUCGUGUUGGCGACGUCACCCGAUGAGACGAGCAUGGAGACGAUCGACACAUUAUUCAUCGCACUUGUGCGUGAUGAAUCCGACGACGUCUCAGAGGUCGCGCGCUUGACGCUCGCGCCGGCUGUUGCGCGCUGUUACCUGCGAUCAAAUCCGCAGCAUUUCAUGCAGCUGGCUCGAAAGGUACUAGAACAGGCUCGCGACGCCUUGCGCAGUGGAUGGACGGGCGAGGGUCAUGACCGCGUCUUUUCGGGAUGGCUAUCGCCGGAGGAUGGUGAUAGGCACCGUUGGUGCGCUACGAGCAUGAUGAAGACGUUCGAGUCGUUUUGUCCAUCGAUAAGUGACGCGCUUGGCGCGUCGAAACCGUCGUCCGUCGAGGACGACGUGAGCGUCGCUCUUAGCAAAGACAUACCUGACUCGUGGACGUUGGCCAAGUGGUGCGUCAACGAUGCGUCGGACAUGAUCACAGAAGUAAUUAGCUCCACCGCUCGCGACGUCGUGGGUCAGGAGUCCGUGAGAGAGUGCAUCUGCACCGCCGUCGCGGCUUGGUGCGGCGUGCUCGGUCCCGCGGCGACUCGACGGACGUUUCUUGGCAAGCUGAACGACGCGUGCGGCGUCAGUCACGACCAGCGGAGCGCCGUUCUCCCGAUCUUACUCGCUGGCGUGGUUCCGUACACGCCCAGCGGCGACACCGUGCUCGGAGAUUAUCUCAAGAGAUUGAUUCGUCAAACAGAAUCCGCGGCGGCGGACGAAAUCAUCGACGCCACUCGGCUUCUCGCUGCGUUUGAACGUCACACAUCGAGCCUGAUCGGGGCGCUCAAGGAGUGCUCGUAUCCGAUCGCGGAUAACACACCCAAUGUGCGAGUGAUCACCGCGCGACUUGUCGCCGCGACGUCCGAAAUCUUACACCUUGAGCAAGUUCUCGCGGAUGUGUAUCCAAUGCUCAACGCGCUGCGGAGCGAUCCGGACGAGGGCGUUCGAGCCGAGGCCGCGCUCGCGCUCGCCGCCGUCGCGUGCGCGCACUACGAGACGUUCGAACCGACGAUGCAAACGAUGCGUCAGCUCGAGGCUCUGGUUUCAGAUCCGUCCGCGAACGUCCGCGUGGCGUGCGUCCAGGCGCUCGCGCGCGGCGCCGAGGUGCCCGGAACGAGCUUCUCCGCGUCAGCCGCGGGGGCGAUAUCUGCCAUCUCGAACCUUCCGGCGGUCGAGCCCGCGCUCGCGCUCGCCCUUUUCGACGCCGCUCGACUUAUGCUCGGCACCGACGGCGAUCUGUUCCCUCACCUCGCGCCCGCUCUGGAGUCUCUGCUCAACGCCGAGGCGCUCGAUCAGGCUCGCCGCGCGCAGGCGGAGACCAUGCUUCGCGACGGCGGUUGGUCCGCCGCCUCGACUUCGAUCGCUUCUUCGAACGCAAACGUCGCGAACGUACGCGCGCAGAAACCAACCGGUGUCGUCUCCGGUACGUUCGGUCGCUUAAAGAGUCGUCUCUCUCGGAACCCAUCCGCCGCGCGGUGA